AUGGAAUUUGCAAUGAGCAAAGAUCCCAAACAGAACAACACCCGAGAAAAGGAGCUUAAAAACUAUUUCUCAUAUCAACAGGGUGUUGUUGUUGCACUCGUGAAUCAGUUUUACUCCAUUGAGCUGGAGCCUGCAAGCAAAGCGUCUUUGGUGACGGAGACAUCUCCCAAAAUAUGUUCAAUUGUGAUCGAAGGCGAGCAUAUCAACAUCAGGAAGAAAGCAGAAGAACUCACGGCGCAACUCACUAAACGGACAGAGCACAAGCGACCAAAAGAAAAAACGAUGAAAAGGAGGUUUGCAAAAAGUUCAUCAGUUUUUGUGAAUAACUACAUGCUUGAUAUUCUUCGCGAACACAACUUCUUUUUCAACUCCACAUUGUCGAAAAAAUCGAACAAAACGUUCCAAUUAGAGCGGCUCGAUGCUAUUUUUUAUAACGGGAAUUUUGUCAUGGGUGCGACAAAAAUUGGAGAACUUGGGAAAGAAAUCAACGACUACCUCAACACGUUGUGCGAGAACAAAAAGCGAGUUGUGCUCGAGCGCAAUAACCCUUUCAUAUUCGCCUUCUUGGCAAAGGACGAGGCUUUGAACAAGCACGUCCCGUUCUUUCUGUAA